UGUACAGUUGCAUGUCUCUGCUCUGCUACCGCAACAGGUUUGGCGGCGUUGUUUCCUCACGUAAAAUAAACGACUUCUUAUUUGAUAAUGUAUAUUUUGACACCAAAACGUUACUGAAGAAUAGGUCCAAUUUACAGAAGCCAAAUUUAAAGCAAAGACCAACUCAGCUCAAGUUGUUUACUAUGUCACAUGUACCCAUUACAUGGAGAUUUUGGGAGGGGCCAUGCGUUGAGUGGACAAACACUUCAAUGUGCAGACACAACUGUUAGAAGAUUAUCACAGCUGGACAGUGGCUUCUGAACAGGUGGAAUAGUUCCAGUGUGCACUGCAGUCUUGUUUUGAAGGAAUAUGCUGUACUCCAUGUGGCUUGUUUUACUUUUGGGUUUGAUUCACACCACCCCAAAUAAAGCAGCUUCGGUCCAACUGGUGAAUGGAUUCUACUCAUGUUCUGGCCGUGUCGAGGUUUUCUACAGUGGUCAGUGGGGAACGGUGUGUGAGGAUGACUGGACUAUGGAGGAUGGUGAAGUGGUGUGUAGAGAGAUGGGCUGUGGAUCGUUGAAUGAGGAAAAAAAAGGAUCAUUUUUUGGAGAGGGCUCAUUACCGGUAUUGAUGAAUAAAGUUAAAUGUGUCGGCACUGAAUCCAGUUUGAUUGAUUGUCCAUCAGAUAAAGGGCAAAUAUCGUGUGAUAAAAAAGGUGCUGGAGUCAUUUGUGCGCCCAAUGUUGGACUGAUGGACGGUUUCGACUCUUGUUCUGGACGAGUGGAGGUGUUUAAAGAUGGUCAGUGGGGAACAGUUUGUGACGAUAGCUGGGAUCUGUCAGAUGCUGCGGUGGUGUGUAGAGAAGUGGGCUGUGGUGAUGCUGUAGAAGUGAAGAGAGGAAGUUAUUUCGGACGAGGCUCAGGAGGACCAAUAAAGAUGCACGGUGUAAACUGCGCUGGAAGUGAGUUAAUGUUGAGCAGUUGUGUAUCUGAUAAUGGCGCUGUGGAUCCGAGUGUCUGUGAUAUUUCCAAGUGUGCUGGAGUCAUCUGUCAGUCCCUUACAAGGUUGGUGAACAGUGAUAAACCUUGUUUUGGAAGAGUGGAGGUUUACCUGGCUGGAGAAUGGGGAACAGUGUGUGAUGGUGGCUGGGAUGAAAAGGAUGGGAUAGUUGUGUGUAGAGAAAUGGGUUGUGGAGGUUUGAUAGAGGCAAUAAAAGAUGCCAGGUGUGACAUGGGCUCAGGGCCGGUGUGGGUGAAAGAUUUGGAAUGUUUAAAUUCAGAAAGUAUGUUGCGAUACUGUAAAAUAAAGGAAUGGAAAUUGGACGUUUGUGGACAUGAGAAAGAUUCUGGGAUUAACUGUCAAUACCCCGUCAGACUGACAGGAGGCAGCAUUUGUUCUGGUGUGGUGGAGGUUUAUCGUGGUGGUCUGUGGGGACCGGUGUGUUAUGAUGGUUGGGAUCUAACAGAUGCUGCAGUGGUGUGCAGAGAACUGGACUGUGGAGGUGUUUCAGAGAUAAACAGUGCUCCAAUACAAAUACCAGCAAAGAUGAAUAAUGUCAACUGUGAUGGAAGUGAAUCUACACUGAUGCGCUGUGGCUGGUCUGCACAAACCUGUUCUUCUAAUCUGAAUGCUACAGUCAGAUGCAGAUCAAUGAUGGUAGUGAAUGGGCCCAGCAGAUGUUCUGGAACAGUACAGAUUCUUCACAGUGGAUCGUGGGGGGCGGUGUGUGAUGCUGGUUGGGAUGUAAAAGACGCACAGGUGGUUUGCAGAGAGCUGGGAUGCGUUGAAGUUGCGCUGGCUGUUUCUGGGCUGCUUGCGCAACAGUCGUGGAUGACAAAUGUUGAUUGCCAAGGAGGCGAAAACUCACUCACAGAAUGUAAUUGUAACUUUGGAAGCAACUUAUGUGGUCCAGAAAGUCAUGCAGGAGUCAUAUGUGAAGAAGUGACUUAUAAAUACAGGUUAAGAAUUGAGGUAACAGGCGACCCUGCUGUUGACCCAAAUGACCCUGAAAUCAAAGACAUCAUUCUGAGAAAGAUACAGGAGAAGCUCCAAGUGGAUAAGAAUUUCACCCUCAGCUGGAAAUCUCAAUCCAAUGGAAACAUCUUCCAGCCAAAAAAAUCCCUGAAAAGUUUAUGAAUUUGCAAUUUACUUUUUAUGGGACAUAAGAUUCUUAAUUGACACAAUUACUUCACAAACAUGUUCUUUAUGCAGGUCAUUAAAACUGUCCAGUAAUAAAACAGAAUUCAAUUACAUAGAUGUUAAAUAGUUGUAUGAGGGAAAGCCUAGAGUGUAGUAAAAAUAGAAAGAUAUCUUUUGGCUGUCCAAAAACACCUCAUUGUUAACACACGUUAUUAAAUCAUACAUGUAAACUUUUUUUUUAGAUUUAGCUGUAAUUUCUAUUUCAGAUCUGCUUUUAUUGCAUAAUUUACUAAAUAUUUCCUGGGAAAAUCUUGGAACCUAUACUGUUGUUGUUUAAUUUACAGUGCAUUCAGUUGUUAUCGUUUGUGUCACUGGAUUUAUUUACAGCCUUAUUUAUAAGUUUGGUUUCUAUUGUGUGUAAUGAGUGCAUUUUAUCACAAAUCCAAGAGGCCAAUGAGAGGAAAGCAAGUGAGUAUGUUUAAUAGUUAAAGCAGUAAAUCAAUAAGACCGACUUUAUUUUAACUCGGAUAACAAAUUAGAAUUUUGCCAAAUGGUAUCUAUGUAGUAUAUCUACAUAUCUCAAAUGUGGAUGUAAAUUUGGGGUAUAGAAAGUUGAACAAACAUUCAUUGCUGUUUUCAAAUGUGAGUAUGUUAGAAAAUAGCUUAUGUGAGUAAUUAAGGCAUCUAUAAAUUAUAUGGAACUUAAACUUUUCUCUACUUUUUUCUGCCAUGUACAGUAUUGGCUGUUCAUGAUGCAAAAAUGCAUGUGAAAAAAUUAACUGAUGCUUGAGAAUGCAACAAACAAACUACAUUACGCUGUAUGACAACUUUUGAUCAAGGGAAUUGGUGUCAAUUGGCAUUUAGUUUUUCAUUUUUUAUUAUUUUGAUGUUGCAUAACAUUUCCCUGAAAACAAAACCAAAUGGCACAAAUCAGGUUGUUAAUACACACCUGGCUCAGAUCAGGUUUGAUCAAAAGAACCUGUUCUUUUUCUUAAGGAUACUAAAGAUUUGUAAACCAUUCACAGCAGUAUAAUAAACUGAAAAGAUGAGUACAUAUAGGAAAGCAACCUAUCUCCAUGCAAAAUGGAAUAAUAAGUAGAGUUCUUAUUUGAUCUUUUACAAAAACAACAACACAAUGACGAAUAAAAAUGUGAAUAAAGAGAGAGCGGAGGUCUGUGAUACAAAUACAAUCUUGCCAUGCAUGAAAGCUCAUCAUUACACAUCUGCAUUCAUUACACAAUGACAACAAUCAAUAAUUACAUCUUUUCAAGAAUUUACAAUUACAGUAUUUCGAUUAGUGGAAGUUUAUAAAGUAAAAAUUCAAUGCCACCACAUUUUUUGAGUAACGAUGCUGGAAUUGCAAACCAAAAGCUCUCAGAAUUGUGUAAAAAUGUUUGUAACCGUUUUAACAUUAACAACGUUCAUCUGUUCAAAAUCAGUUACGUUUAAACC